CCCACACCCACACCCCCACACCCACACCCACACCCACACCCACCCUGUUCAUUUUGCAAGUGUAAGAAGAGGCAAAGUUAAAUAUACAAUGUGGUCAAAUGAUACGAAUUACUUAUGAUUAUUAGGAUGAUUCAGGUGUUUUUCUUCCGACAACAUUAAAUCAUAUUAAGUAUGCACUUAUGGAAUGGUGAUCAUGGAAUUAUUCAUAUACUUGAUUUAUAUGUUUGUAUAACAAAAGUUAAAGUAAUAGAAAAUACGAUGAAGUAAAAUUUACAAAUUUCUUUUCAAAAAUCUUUAUCUUGAAAACAAAUGAUGCAAAAACAAAGAUUUGGCUUAGCACUUGAAUAUAGAAAUAUUGAUCUAAAUUAUUUGUGGUUUCUUUUAAAUAGUUUCAAUUAUCAAUUUCUUGAAAAAUGAUGAAAAUUGGUUUGAAAAAUUUCUUAUUGUUUUUAUUUUAAUUUUUUUUUUUGUUUAGCUGAAGUACGAAAAGAUGUUAGUAGACAAUUGUAA